GUACUGUUGAUGUUCAAACCAACAAUCGGUGUUCACAGCUCCAAGUCUAUAGAAGGAUACCCAAGUGGAUGCCUGUCAGACUGUCCUGGAUCUGAGAAGCCUGCCAUAAUCACCGAAAAGUCUCUGAAGCAGCUACAACUGGUGAUCGGUAACCUUAAUGGUUCCGAAAGAAGAUACAACUACUACGAAAUGAAGGGUCUCGCAAAGGAUCCCUACUUUAACUUCAACAAACGGACGAUGCUAUUCGUAUCUGGAUUCUUGGAUUCUCCCCUCUUCCCAUUCACCAGAAUGAUGGCUGACGCCUAUUCCAAAUUGGGGUACAACGUGCUAUCCCUGGACACUCUUAAGUUUACCACCGUGGAUUAUCCGAUAGCGAGUCGUCUAGCUCGGCCUGUUGGCAAGCACACAGCAGAAAUGCUCGUAAACCUGACGCGAAGUGGUUUGGAUCCUAAGAAACUGGAGUUAGUCGGCAUUAGCCUGGGUGGUCAGACAAUAAGUUUCAUAGCGAAGCACUACCACCGGAUGACUGGAGUGAAAAUCGCCAGGAUAACCGGUCUGGAUCCCGCCGGACCCUGCUUCAGGAACCUCGGCGCCGAUCAAAGACUAGACGCUUCCGAUGCCGACUUCGUGGACAUCAUUGCUACCAACAUCGACGGGUACGGCAUGGCAGCGCCGGUAGCCCACGUGCAGUUCUACGUGAACGGAGGGGAAUUCCAGCCGGGGGGACCGCUAAUCUGGUACAUAUGUGACGUGCUCUGUAGCCACGUGCAGGUCAUCGUUAUCUGGAUAUCGGCGAUCGCAAAUCCGAACUCAUUCAUUGGUAUGCAGUGCGACUCGGUUCAGCAGGCAAGAUUCAGAGAGUGCUACUUCAGACACCCGCUAGUAACCAACGAAAUAGGCCUGAACACGGAUAGAAACAAAACAGGGAUAUUUUACGUUGCGACGCAGCAGUAUCCACCCUAUUAUUUGGGAGCCAUGGGGUUGAAGAGAAAGAACGAUUUUGUGUUAAAAAACUUGAAAAAUGUGAACGAUGUCGACGUGUAUAUCAUUUGA